AAAGAAGCCAGGAGCCGCGAUGAGCCACGCCUGCGACUGCCAGAGCGCCAGCCAAGGAGACACUGUCCAGAAGGAGAUGACCCCUAGUAAGAAGAUCCCUGUCCUUGUGGAUGGGGUUGUACUCAAUGGACCUCAAACUGAUGUGAAAGCAGAAAAAUUUGUUGAAGAAGUCUGCCGGCUUGUCAUGGAAGAGGUGGUUUUGAAAGCUACCGAUGUCAAUGUAAAGGUGUGUGAGUGGCAGCCUCCUGAGCAGCUGAGGCAGCUCCUGGAUCUGGAGAUGAGGGACACAGGAGAGUCACAGGACAAGCUGCUGAAAAUCUGCCAAGAUGUCAUUCACUUCAGCGUCAAAACCAACCAUCCAAGAUUUUUUAACCAGCUGUACGCUGGCCUUGAUUACUACUCCUUGGCGGCCCGGAUUCUAACAGAAGCUCUGAACCCAAGCAUUUAUACGUAUGAGGUGUCCCCAGUGUUUCUGUUAGUGGAAGAGGCGGUUCUGAAGAAAAUGAUUGAAUGUGUUGGCUGGAAAGAAGGGGAUGGAAUAUUUAAUCCAGGUGGCUCGGUGUCCAAUAUGUGUGCAAUGAAUUUAGCUAGAUACAGAUAUUACCCUGAUGUUAAGGAGAAGGGCCUGUCUGGUUUGCCAAGAUUGAUCCUUUUCACAUCGGCAGAGUGUCAUUACUCCAUGAAGAAAGCGGCCUCCUUCCUUGGGAUUGGCACUCAGAACGUGUACUUUGUGGAAACAGAUGGAAGAGGUAAAAUGAUACCCGAGGAACUGGAGAGACGAAUUGGGCAAGCGAGACAAGAGGGGGCUGUACCAUUUCUUGUCUGUGCCACUUCUGGUACCACCGUGCUGGGUGCCUUCGACCCCCUGGAUGAGAUUGCUGAGGUCUGUGAGAGGCAUGGCCUCUGGCUCCACGUGGAUGCCUCUUGGGGUGGCUCAGCUUUGGUGUCAAGAAAGCACCGCCAGCUCCUGCAUGGAAUCCACAGGGCUGACUCUGUGGCCUGGAACCCACACAAGAUGCUGAUGGCUGGAAUCCAGUGCUCUGCUCUACUUGUCAAGGACAAAACUGAUCUUCUUAAGAAGUGCUACUCUGCCAAAGCGACCUAUCUGUUCCAGCAGGAUAAAUUCUACGAUGUCAGCUACGACACGGGAGACAAAUCCAUCCAGUGCAGCAGGAGACCCGACGCCUUCAAGUUCUGGAUGACCUGGAAGGCCCUGGGCACCUUAGGACUGGAGGAGAGAGUUAACCGUGCCCUUGCUCUGUCUAGGUACCUGGUAGACGAAAUCAAGAAGAGAGAAGGAUUCAAGUUACUGAUGGAACCUGAAUACACCAAUAUUUGCUUUUGGUACAUUCCACCUAGUCUCAGAGAGAUGGAAGAAGGACCAGAGUUCUGGAAGAAGCUUAGCUUGGUGGCCCCAGCCAUUAAGGAGAAAAUGAUGAAGAAGGGAAGUCUCAUGCUGGGCUACCAGCCCCACCGAGGGAAGGUCAACUUCUUCCGCCAAGUGGUCAUCAGCCCUCAAGUGAGCCGGGAAGACAUGGACUUCCUGCUGGAUGAGAUAGACAGUCUGGGGAGGGAUAUGUAGCCACGGCUUCCAUUCCCCCAGAGGCAGCACUCCUGUCCUGGGGAGGGACACAGAUCCAGCGCAUCUGGACACACCCUAGGUAGAUGACAACCCUGCUGGUGAGAUUAGCAAACAUUCCCACUCCCACCAGAAAGCCAAAACACUACGCGAAUACUCCUAAGGGUUCUUUGGUUGCCUGCUGCUACCGGCUGUAGAAUGGAGAAAGCAGAAGCAAUAAAAAGUUAUUCCCUCAAAUGUCAUCCUGGAAACUACCCUGAGGAGGCUCUAGGCAGUGCCUGUGGAUGGAUAUUGGAUUGUCGGCUCUUACUGUUUAUUAAAGAACCUAGAAACACACAGUGUGGAGCCUACAGCAGCAAACCUCACAAUGCGGCCUCUGUGCCACCGCAAAAACAUCACCAAGGAACUUCACUAAAACCUCACACUCUCCAGCCUCGCCCCACACCAUCCAAAUCGGCAACUCUGGCUCUAGCAUCCCAAGUUUUAAUAAACACAAGUGGUGAGCCUUUCGCACAGUAAAAUCUGAGAAACGAUGGUCCAGGGAAAACUUUGGCUGGUGCUUUGACAGAAAAAGCCAGGCUUUGAAAAAUACAACUGUUGUGUUUGUACCACAAAUGUUCAGGGUGCCUGAAACAUGGCAAACUCUCUCUCUC